GCGGGCGCUCCGUUCCGCCAGUCGCCACGCGUCCCCCCAGCGCGUCGCUCCCGCUAGCGCGCCCGCUCCGCUAUGAAGGUGAAAGCGAAAGGCGCCCGCUCCAAAAAUAUGGACAAGCUGAUAGCCGCUGUCCAAGCACGAGAAUGUCUAUGGGACAAGAGCUACAGAGGGCAUCGAAAUCGCUUCAAAUUGGAGCGAUAUUGGAACGAGGUUGCCGCUGAAGUAGGGACCACCAGUAUGAACUGCAGAAAAAGAUGGAAGAACCUAAAAGACCAGUGCAGGAAAGAGAUGAGGAAGAACCCCCACGAAUCAGACUGGCCCCACUUCCAAAAGCUGAAGUUCAUCCACAACCAGUUCCUCGCUGAUGAUGAAGAUGGAGACGAAGACACCGCUGACGAAGUCUUCAACAGCCUCGACGAAUCCAUAAAACGGCCGAAGCUUGGCUACACCAUGAGGAAGAAGUUGUUGAUGAACAAAAGAAGGACCAUAGAUGUUGAUAUGAACAAGUUGAUCGUCCUCGUCCAAGCAAAGGAGUUGAUAUGGAACAGACAACUAAAGGGACACCACAAUUGGUACAAACUGGACGAAAGUUGGAAGGAGAUUUCUCAACAAUUAGGCGUUACACGUGACGAAGCAAGACUGAAAUGGAAAUACCUAAGAGACCAAGCCAGAAAGGAGGCCCGCAAACAACAAUCCGACUGGGAGUAUCUCCCCAAGCUGCAGUUCCUCAUAAACCAGUUCAAUGAUUACGAAGGUCAGGACACCGCAGACGAUCAUUACAGCCAGGACUUCGAUACUGGUGCGGAUCAGAGUAGCAGUUAUUACGUGGAACCCACUCCAGAACCUGUUACUGAAGUAACCGAUGUCAGUGUCAAAGAGGACGAAUUUGAUGAGUUUGACACCAAACCUAUUAUAAUGGAAACAGAUUUUUGCGAUGAUGAUGAUGAUAUACAAAAAAGUGCAGGGAAUAGCAACGAUGCACCCGAAGUCAUGAAAGAUGAAGACAUAGGUUUCUUCAACAGUUUAAUACCCCAUGUCAGGAAGUUAGGGCCGGCGAAGAAACUUAUGUUAAGAAUGAAGAUACAAGAGUUGGUUUAUAAUACCGUUUAUAAUGAAACCUAGUAUUGGUACCAUAAAUCUACAUUAACAAGACUUUGACAGUGAUAUCGUAAAAAUACAAAGUAACAGUUACUAUGUGGAGCGUAAUCUAGAACCGGUUACGGCAGUAACGGUUUAUAAAUAAACCUAGUAUUGGUUAAAUGACUUUGCAGUGAUAUCAUUGAAAUUGUUGAAUUACUUGCUAAGAUAGUUAAGUAUACUAAGCAAAAUGAAUGUUAAACUUAAUCCUAUGAAUGCUGAAGUUUACAAGAACUUUUACUCCGUUUUGAUAUUAAUUAAUAACGCCAUCUCGGAAUUCCCGUGGGAAUAUGGAGAUAAAAUAUAGCUUAUGUUACUCUCUGAUAAUGUAGCUUUCUUUUGGUGAAAGAGUUUUUCAAAUCGGUGAUCGGUCCAGUAAUUUUUGAGUUUAGUCGUUACAAAUCGUUCCACCUUAUAAUAUUAGUGCAGAUUUUGAGUAUCUACCUACAAAAUUGCGACCACAGCAAGUAUGAAAAAAAAUAUACGAGUAAGAUAUGAAAUUGCGUUAUAAGUAGGAAUAAUACUGUAUUUAUAAAAAUAUAAGAUUUGUAGAUAUAAGGCCCUACUAGUAAUUAAGAAGUACAAGAAGCAAUAACUUAUCUUAAUAUUAAUACACUAUUCUUCUUGUUGUUCUCGAGUUGUUCUUAUAAUUAAUUAUAAUUAGGAAUUUACCAUUUAUAUAAAUAUACAUAUUCCUAAUUUCCUAGCCUCAGACUAAUUACAUAAGGAUCGGUACCGCAUCCCUAAUCACGCACAAAUUUGUCUGUAAUUUUUUGAGGAAAACGAGCUUAGAUUAGGUAGGUAUAUAUUAAACUAUACUACAACUUUUUGGAUGAGUACAGUUUACCAACAAACAAAUUAAAAAUGAGGGUAUAAAUGACUAUUCAUUUCACACCCAAUAAUAAUUAUAAUUAACUUGUUCUUAAAUUAAUGAAAAUAAAUUUGAUUAAUAAGUUUAGAACAAUUAGAUAUGGGUAAUAUAUUUUAUACUAGAUUUUAUAAACAAACCGUACAUAAUUUAAAAUAAAUAAAUUAUGAUAAGACUUGCGUUUUCUGCCUUCAUUUCUAAUUUAUUUGUUGGUAAAUAGUACUCAUCAAAAAAGAACACUAGUAUAGAAGUUGUUGACCGAUUUUUACACCAUUAAAAUAGACAGUAGAAUAUGUAUGGCUAGGGUAUGGAACUCUCUUCCGAAGUCAGUAUAUCCUUACAACCUGAGCAUCUGAAUAGCAUCUUCUAAGUUAUAGGCAAGCGCGUUCCACCAUAUGCCACAUCUACACUUAACAUGAUGAGGUGAGAUCGUGGUCAAACGCGAGCAUAUUCCUUAUAAAAAAGGUAUUUUUCCGUAGCUCUUUAACCGAAGAACACGAUUACAACUAUGAAACAUCGAUUCUAUAGACACGGUUUUUAUAAUCGCAUUAGAUCGUUGAUCAAAUACUUUGACAGAUAAGUAACGUCUAGCGAGGCAGGUCCUUAUGCAAUAAGUCUGAUUUCCUAGCUAAUAAUAAUAGUAGAUAGUUUGUUUUGUGAUCUGAUACAGGUAGGUAUGUAAGACAACUAAUAAAGUGAAUCGUUUGCU